AUGGAAGAUUCGACCGUUCACACAAUCGAAGCGGACUCCAGUCCUGAAUAUCACCCUUCAUUCACUGAAGGCGACAUAGUGAUCGUCGCUAACGAUAAGACGCAUUUCGCAGAAGACUGUAAGAGACUAGCUCGAGGCAGCAAAGUGUUUCAGGACCUCCUUGCCCUUCCCCAGCCUGCUUGGGAUAUCGAUGGGAAGGACAUAAAAUGCUCAACGACAAUAAAGCAUGGUAGAAGCUUCGAAAUAGAUGCCAGCGCCGAGCUCACUGGGUAUUUUCUCUCCUUCUUAGGCGCAAAGAUCCCUUUACUUCCACCAACGUCAUUUACAGAAACGGCCAAGCUCUUGUAUCUCUGCAACAAGUUCGACUGUAUCCAAGAACAUACCCAACUUGUUCGGCAAAGAUUGCAAGGGGAAAGCGAAGGUCGGCAAUGGGAGUUACUCAAUCUAGCAUCAGAUAUGAAUGAUGCCAAACUUUGUGCCAUGGCGCUGAGAAAAAUGACAAAGAUCGAUUUCAUCAGAGGUGCCGACUCUGGAGGUAUCGCUUACUCGUACAGUACUGUGCGGGUUUCCAAACUCGCAUCUCCAAGCUUUCGUGGGCAUGGCAGGGAAGACUUUAUAACUUAG